UAUAACUUCCUAAAGGGUGGGGUUAUUUACCAUCUCUUCCUCCUUCUUUGUUAAGGGAUAUUGAUCUCUUUAGCAUAAUGCACAAUUAAGCUCAGGAGUGAGAAGCGCUUCACAAGCUUCUCUUCCAAGAUGAUCCUUACAUGGACUAAGACUCCUAUUCUUUCUAUCUAACCUAGCACCAAUGUUUCCUGAACAUAUGGAAGGUCGCAGAAAGCAUUUCAGUAAUGAAUGAACAUUUAGAUAACAAAUCCUACGUCUCUGUGUUUCUGCUCCUUGAACUCUCAGCAAUCCGGGAACUGCAGAUUCUACACUUCUUUCUCUUCCUGGGAUUGUACCUGAUAAUUGUUUCAGGGAAUCUUCUCAUCAUCGCUGCAGUAGCCUUUGACCGCCGCCUUCACACUCCCAUGUACUUCUUCUUGAUCAACUUGGCCAUCCAGGACAUAGGUGCUGUUUCAGUAACUCUUCCCAAAUCCAUGGUCAAUUCCGUCAUGAACACUAGGCAGAUUUCUUAUGCUGGGUGUGUGGUCCAAGUUUUUGGAUAUCUCUUCUUUGCAGUCUCUGAUAUAUUUCUCCUCACAGUCAUGGGAUAUGAUCGGUAUGUUGCCAUUUGUAAUCCAUUGCAAUAUGAAAUGGUGAUGAACAGAACAGCCUGCACCAAAAGUAUUGUUGUUGUGUGGAUUGCAGGCUUUCUUUACUCAUUGCUGCACACUAUUAGAACUUUUGCAUCCCCUUUCUGCUCCAAUGUUAUCAAUCAGUUCUUCUGUGAGAUCCCACAGUUACUUACACUAGCCUGCUUUAACUUAUACCUAAUACAAAUUGGAGCUGUUGUCAUUAGUGUUAUCCUUGUGUUCAGCUGCUUUGUGUACAUUGUUGUCACUUAUGUCCACAUCUUCAGUGCUGUUCUGAAAAUCCCUUCCAUUCAGGGAAGGAAAAAGGUAUUCUCAACUUGUCUACCCCACCUCACGGUCUUCUCCGUAUUUUGUUUCACUAUAUGUCUUGCUUACGCAAAGCCUCCCUCUAACACUCCAUCUUAUCUGGACUUUGUAUUAACUGUGAUGUAUGCUAUUUUCCCACCCAUGUUCAAUCCAAUAAUCUACAGCAUGAGAAACAAAGAUAUAAAAAAUGCUUUGUCAAAGUUGUUGUGUUUGAGGCACUCUUCAGGGUCAUUUCAACAUCCAUAGGUAUGUAGAUUCAAAAUUCCACCUAUAUCAUAAAUUGGUCUUCUUGCAUUUCUUCAGCUCAGCUACACCAUUCACAAUUUUCUUUCGCAGACCAUAUGGCUUGGCUAUCAAUCAUGUAUGUAUCUAUUUAUUUUGAAGGUUAUACACCACUGUUCAGUUGAGUGAUUCUCAAAAUAGGCUACAACAGGCUGAAUAUCCACACAAUACAGCAACCAUGAAUCCAUUGGUUGAUGGAUGAUGGAUGGGACUGUGCUGACCUUCCCACUGUGCUGAUCUUCUCUCUGGGAGGCAGAUGUUGCAUCCCAGAAACAACUUGUAUAUUAUAUUGAGAAAGAAAGAAAGAAAGA